AGUCGUUCUUGUGUGAAAUCAACAGCAAAUUCCUCAUAACAUGCAUCUUCAGAGAAGCAAUCAUUUAGGCUCGGAAUCCACUAUUACAAACGCUAGCAAGUCUUUACAAUAUUUCUCACCUUGGGAUGACAUUUUUAAGGGGGCUUACUUGAGGCAUCUGCUUCACUCGCAAAACUAAAUUGAACCGUGAGUUUAGACCAGUCAAGAGCGGAUGCAUUGGAAACACGCUCCAGUUUAAUAGAAAUAAGCUUUUUGUUACAUUGUUUCUAUCUUAGAAUAGAACAGAAUUUCAUUGAUACAUCCUCCUGCCGCUUGAGGAGGUCCGGCGCACGCACUGACCAUGGAGGAGCUGGCCCGGGAGAGCAUCCGCAGCAUCAGCCUCCUAUCCAAACCUGCGCGGGGUUCAGACGUCCCACGUCUCGGCUCAUUUGGAGCUAUUUUCAUUAUGCUUAAAUCCGCCCUCGGCGCGGGUCUGCUUAACUUUCCAUGGGCUUUUGAGAAGGCAGGAGGCGUGAAGACGGCCAUCAGUGUGGAGCUGGUGUCUCUGGUAUUUCUGAUCAGUGGGUUGGUCAUUCUCGGCUAUGCCUCAUCAAUCAGCCGGCAGAACACGUAUCAUGAUGUGGUGCGAGAAGUGUGUGGACAGAGGAUCGGCCACCUGUGCGAGAUCUGCUUUGUUUUUAACCUCUUCAUGAUCUCUGUCGCCUUUUUGGUGGUUGUGCAGGAUCAACUGGAUAAAUUGUGUCUGUCUCUGUAUGAGACUGUGACAGGCACUACAGGAGAGAUGCCAUAUAUUUGGUACACAGAUCACCGUUUUGCACUCUUUGUCAUGUGCCUUGCUAUCAUCCUCCCACUCUCAAUACCCAAAGAGAUCAGCAUCCAGAAAUACACCAGUGUGCUGGGAACUCUGGCUGCUACAUACCUGUGCGUGGCUGUAAUUGUGAAGUAUUACCUGAAAGAUGAGCAUACACCAGACCUUACACCAGAGCACAGUAAAGGGUUGGAGUCGUUGGCCUCCAUGUUCAGUGUGGUUCCUACUAUCUGUUUUGGUUUCCAGUGUCAUGAAGCAUCUAUUGCAAUAUACAGCAGCAUGGAGAACAAAAAGAUUACACACUGGGUCUUCAUCUCAGUUACUUCUAUGGUUUUCUGCCUGCUUAUUUAUACUCUAACAGGUGUGUUUGGCUUUCUUACAUUUGGACGGGCAGUUGCUUCAGAUAUCCUGAUGUCAUAUCCUGGAAAUGAUAUAGUGAUGAUUAUUGCUAGGCUGCUGUUUGGGAUUUCGAUCGUCACCAUCUAUCCUAUAAUACUGCUGUUGGGCAGGUCUGUGAUUCUAACACAAAUACUGCGCUUCUGGGAAAAACGGGCUUUAAUUGCAUCUGUGUUUGAGAGUCGGUGCCGUUUGAUUCUAACAAUUCUCUGGAUCACUGUGACACUCCUCAUCGCCAUCUGUGUACCAGACAUGAGUGAAGUCAUCAGCGUGAUUGGAGGAAUUAGUGCCUUCUUUAUCUUCAUCUUUCCUGGGUUGUGCCUCAUUUUCUCCAUGCAGACAGAACCUAUAAGUCCCAGGAAGAAAAUUCUCUUGACAGGCUGGGGUGUCGUUACUGUCAUUACUGGAGCUUUUAUCUUUGGCCAGAGCACCACUACAGCUGUUAUGGAGUUGUUGCACAAAUUCUAAUUAUCAUAAUUUUCAAUAGCAUUGCCUCAGUAGAGUGUUAAGAAAAAUACGAUUUAUAAAUUUAUUUUGUUGAUAAAAUUUUUUUUUUUUAUUAUUAUUAUUUUUAAAAGUUGGUACAUUUCAAUUUCGAUAUGGUAUAAUGUCAUUGAACAGAAUUCUUUUUAAAAGAAAAUGACAACACAGUGCCUUGUGUUUGUAUAACUAUUCAGUUUUGGCUCUUUUGCCUUUUUUAAGGAAAUAGGUAGAGAGGGGUUGUUGUCUUUCAGUGUAAUAUAGAACCAAUUAAAUUAUAUUGUUGUGUUUAGACAAGAAUAGGAGGAUUAAACAAAUGAGUUGAAUGGAAUAAUGGUCUGUAUGUGGGUGGGAUGAGAGAAUAUGUAUAUGAAUAUAAAGAAUGGCUGUGUUUUACAUUU